GAUCUAACAAGACCUGCGUACGCUUUGGACACGAAAGUUCACGAAGUCCUCGACCAGACGCCUGCUACAUGACUAUUCAGAGAUGUCAACCGGGUUGCGGUCGGUGAAGUUUCCGUUUGGCUCCUCGUCUUUCCUUCGGUCUGAUCAAGUUUGUGCUUACUGUUCCAAAGGUAGUGAGGAAAGUUUUCCUAAUCAGUGGAUUCCAUCCUGUCACUGUUGUGAGGAUUUGGGUGCCACAUUACUAAACUGGACCUGGUGCAUUCCCUCUGGUCUCAACGAUGUGUUGCGAUUAUCUGAGGGCAACACAGUGGUAGCGUUUCACCCAUUGGGAAGUCUCGGCACUGCUACCGUCACCGGAUCUAUGGCUCUCUUUGAAACCAUUCACUAUUGGGAGCUUAAGGCUUUAUCUCCUGUUUAUGGAACUGAUGUGACGAUCGGCGUUGGUUUGGCGAAUUCUGAUCUCAUUUAUUCCACCCGAGAGUACUCCUCAACCAUUGGGUCAGAUAACAAUAGCUGGGGUCUGAGUUACCGUGGUUCACUCGUGCAUAACGAUCGGGUAGAGGUGGUGCCUUCUCUUGCCUUUAACCGCGGAUCAAUCGUGGGCUGCUUGUUGGAUUUAUGGCACGGCACGUUACAUUUCUUCGUCGAUGGUCAAACCACUCUGAAUCAGUUCCAGCAUCUCCCGCGUGCUGGCUACUAUCCAUUGGUCUGUUCUACAGCCGCUCUUGUUGGUUUCCGUCUGAUCCGGGCGAUGCAGUUUCCCGUCUCACUGCAAUUUCUCGCUUGUCGUGCUGUCUUCCAGAGUGUGACUUCCGGUGCACUGUCCCACUCCGUCGUCUGUCAGUGUUUGCCUCCGCUGCUUAAGAAACAAGUUAUGACAGAAUUACCUUGGCGUUUAUUUUUCGUCCACUUGGAAACCAUCGCUAUCAAGGAUUCUCGCGAUACUGACGAUCCUGUUUCGAAUCCCUCUGCAAUGCCCAAGCAUUUGUUUGACUCGCUCCCUUCCGAGGAUCCUUUUCUUUGGACCAGUUUCAAUGAACCGGACUCCACUUCAUCUGCGUCAUUUGAUCAAUGCAGUGACAUUUACGCUGAUUGUGAUGACGUUGAGGAGCUCUCGGAAUGA